AUGAUUACCGUAGCUUCCAAUAAUAAAUUAAACAAAGUAGCUAUUAUAGGAUAAGAAGGUAAAAUUAUCUUUGCGUCUAAUCGAGUUAAGUAUAUCUAUUAUCAAUAAAAAAUAGGAUCAGGCAAAACAUCUUUGUUGCAGAAAUAUAGUAAACCAGACAUUGAUAUUUCAAGCUAAGAGAAAAAAAUUACAAGAAUUGCCGAUUAAUCAUUUAUUUCAUAAACUUUAAAAGAUAUCAAAAACAAACCGCUAUAGAUAUCAUGUUUUGAUACUGUUGGAAAAGAAAGUUAGAAAUCAUUGUCAAGACAUUUAUACAGAAAUGCUCUUGCAAUCAUUAUCGUUUUUGAUUUGAGAUAUUUUUACAAAAAUGAAGUUGAGUGCCUAAAUUAAGUGAAAAAAUGGUAUAAGUUUAGUUAUGCACCUGACAAUAAUCACUAAAUUACUCCUUUAACUUAUUUUGUAGGAGCAAAGCAAGAUCUAUUAAGUGAAGACUAAUUAAAUGAUUUUGAGUAUAGAAGAAACAAACUAUUUGAAAAAAUGAAUACUAUUGAGAAACAAUAUUAUAUUGAAACAAGUGCAUAUAAUAACAUAAAUAUCCAAAAACUAUUUGAUGAUAUAUUUAAAGGAGUUUUUUUAGAAUUUAUUGCUACAACUGUUACAUAUGAACAAUUUCAAAACUUAAAUGUAUUUACUUUAAAUAAAGUAAGUAAUUAAAUGACUGAAUCAAGCAUUAACUCUAAAAAUCAAAGUAAAAAUUAUGCAUCUUUAUAUUCAGAAUCUGAAAAUAAUUUAUCUGAGAGAAAUAAAAAUUAAAGUUAAAAUUCCUCUAAUAUAUAAGCUAAUAAUUAGAAAGAACUAAAUAUUGGCUAAAGUAGAAAUUAAGAUUAGAAUAAUGGUUAAAGCAACUAAGAUGAUUUAGAAAAUUAAAAAUAAAUUAAUUUAUAAAAUUAGAGUGAAAAAUAUAAUACCAAAUCUUAAAACCCUAAUACAAUCUAUGUAUAAAAUAAUAAUCAAAAGGAAAAAAAUAAUGAAAAAUCAUCAUGUUGUUGA